AGUAGCGUCAACGAGAUUUCCGAACCGGAUUAGAAGCAUUUCUAGUAAAACUGUAAUGGACGCUUUGGGAGGAGUUUAUGAAGAAGUAAACGAUUUCAUUAUAAAAUCGGAACCGGAUCCAGAUACUUCUGAAUAUGACUCAAAAGAGUGGAAUUCAAAUUCAAAGCGAAUCGUGUUCAAAGAGGACAAUGAAAGAUGCGGAGAAGUGCUGGUCGGAUUUCAGGGAAAUUUCACCCUCGUCUGUGUACUUUGUGGAAAACAGUUUUCCGACUUAACUUCUUUUGGGUCUCAUGUACAUUGGAUGCAUUUGUAUUUCAAAUCUGAGCAAGAGACGUCAGGGGGAAGGAAGCUAGACCCACUGUGCGCUUCACCGAUUCGUGCUGCCAGUAAGGAUUUACCAGAUUCAAAUCGAGAAAAUCAAUUCAACGCUGCUGGAGAAGUAGAGGAUGUCACAGAAUUGGAAGAAAAACUUGAAGCUGAAGCAGAAUUGUUUGAAGAUCCGGACGAGUCGAUGCAGAUCGACCCAUCAUAUGAUCCAGAUGAUGAUAUCCCUGUCAAAAAGACUAUCAACAGAUCUCGCACUACCCAAGGCAAAGAAGAUUCAUUUUGCGUCCUAUGCGGAUGUCUAUAUAAAACCAAAAAAUCUUACUUAACUCAUUUGAAACGUGAACAUGGAAGCGAAAUACUAGUUCCACAGGCAGAUGACCAAGGCAUCGAGAAAGAAAUAACAGUUCGAACCCCCGAAACCAUGACCUGUAAAUAUUGUGACCAGAAAUUCAGUGAUGCUGAUACAUUCAGAGAGCAUAUAGGAACCCACACUGGACGAAGGCGUUUCGUCUGCCCGUACUGCUCAAAAACCUUCGCAAGUCGGUACAAUCGCAAAACCCACAUAAACACGCACACUGGCGAGCGCCCAUACAAGUGUACGCACUGCCCGAAAGGAUUUUCUGAUGCAACCAACCUAGAAAUGCACAUUCGGAUGCAUCUAAGGAUCAUGAAAUAUUCCUGCGACUAUUGUGAUAAACGCUUCGUACAAAGCACCGAGAAAAAAGUUCACGAACGUACACAUACCGGCGAGAAACCGUUCCAAUGCGAGGAGUGCGGUAAACGUUUUAUAUCGCAUGUAAAAUUAACCGAGCAUGGACGAAGGCAUAAGAAUAUCAAGAAUUACAAAUGUGAAGUUUGCAAUAAAGCGUUCUACAGCUCAUCCCUGUUGAAGGAUCAUAUGCCGGUGCAUACCGGGGAGCGACCCUUUCAUUGUACUGUUUGCGGUCAGAACUUUCCUAGGAAAAAAUCGCUUCGAGCCCACGCUCAACUGCAUUCGAAUGAGAAGAAAUAUGUUUGCAAUACGUGUGGGAAGGCGUUCGCACAAUGCGCCGGGUUGUAUUCGCACAAGAAAUCACACGGCGAUAAGCCGAGGUAAUAAGCUCAAAGUAUUGUAUGGCGAUGUUUUAGAAUAAAUGAUAAGUACG